GCCCGGGAGGGCUCAGCCAUGCCCUCGGGGUGUGAUGCGAAGGGCACUGCCCAGCCCCCGUGUCCCCGCUCCGCGCCCGCGUUCCCUCCCACCGGCGGCGGCGAGGGAUGCUCGCCCCUGGCGUGUCUGCCCGAGUCAGCUGCUCCUUGAUGUCAGAACCUGCUCGGGCUCGGCGGGGCGGCGGCGGAACCGAGCUCAGCCGAGCCUCAGCCGCCGCUCGCCGGCUCUGGGACGGCUCCGUCCCCCUCAUCCCACCGCGGAGCCGCCCAGGGAACUUGUCCAACUUUCUCCGUCCCGGCUCCCGGCACUCUCUGCCAUGGCUCCCGGCAACUCUUCCCGCAACUUCUCGGUGCCGGAGGCUCGGAACGGCUCAGUAGCAGAGAAGCCAGCACCACACACCAACGUGAUCAUGCCCAGUCUCUUCAGCAUCAUCUGCUUCCUGGGCAUCAUGGGGAACCUCAUUGUGAUCUUCACUAUCGUCAAGAAGAAGAAGCUGAGAUGCAAACAGACCGUGCCUGAUAUUUUCAUCUUCAACCUCUCCAUCGUGGACCUCCUCUUCCUCUUGGGCAUGCCCUUCCUCAUCCACCAGCUCUUGGGCAAUGGCUCGUGGUACUUUGGAGCUCCCCUGUGCACCAUCAUCACCGCCCUGGACACAAACAGCCAGAUCACCAGCACCAACAUCCUCACAGUGAUGACACUGGACCGCUACCUGGCCACCGUCUACCCCCUCAAAUCCACCUACGUUCGGACGCCGUGCGUCGCGGCUCUCGUCAUCUGCCUGGUGUGGCUCCUGUCCUUCCUCACCAUCAUUCCCGUGUGGAUGUACGCAGGCCUCAUGCCCCUGGAGGACGGGACUGUGCGCUGUGCUCUCCUGCUCCCCAACCCAGAGACCGACAUCUACUGGUUCACCCUCUACCAGUUCAUGCUGGCCUUUGCUGUGCCCUUGGUCAUCAUCUGCGUGGUCUAUUUCAAGAUCCUCCAGCACAUGGCCACCACCGUGGUCCCGCUGCCGCAGAGGAGUCUCCGGGUGCGUACGAAGAAGGUCACCCGGAUGGCAGUCGCCAUCUGUUCCGCCUUUUUUAUUUGCUGGGCUCCUUUCUACAUCCUCCAGCUUGUCCACCUGGGCAUUGACACCCCAUCCAUGGCCUUCUUUUAUGCCUACAACUUCGCCAUUAGCUUGGGCUACGCCAACAGCUGCCUCAACCCCUUCCUCUACAUCGCCCUCAGCGAGACCUUCAAGCGCCAGUUCUUGGUGGCCAUUCGCCCUGCCAAAGAGCCCUGUCGCAACAGCAGCUCUGCCAACAACAACAGCAUGACAGAGGCCAGUGUGUGCCUGAAGCUGGCGCCAGAAUCCACCCAGCAGACUCAGUUUCAGGAGGACUUUUCCCCACGCUCACUGCCGGUGACUGUGGCUGUCCACUAGGGCACUCUGAAGGGAGGGCAGCAGAAAGCCUCUGGAUCUGUGAUUUGAUGGAGGAGCAGCAGCUUCAGCCAGGUCUUGGAGAUGCCUAUGGACUACAAACUUCCACCUCCAAAAUGCAGGUGCCUCUCUUUUCCAUCACUCUGUCCCUGAACUGCUCCCGGCCUAUGAGAUGCUGUGUGCUGCCGCUUUUCACCCUGCUCAGGAGGACUUUGCCACCAUUGGGCCCCCAAAGAGGAUGAAUGGAAAAGAGAGAAAGGAGAGAAAGAGAAUUUCCAGGGGGAAUAUUCACCUUAGAAGAGUAAAACCUCUAUCAACACUGCCCAACAAGUCCUCACCUCUUGGCCUGACCAGGGUUCCUAAGCAGCUUGUCAACAUAGAGCUUCUUCAUUCAAAACUUGA